CUAUGGCAGGUUUAGCUGUGUUUAAUGAUUCUUUUGGAGUAGUGCUCCAUGAUUUGAAUAAAUAUUAAUAGGUGGGUCUCCUUAUUUUAAUGCUGUCCUUUGUUGGCACUGUCUGGGGGCAUCUUUCCUCCCACAUAUACUUGAUCUGCAUUGGCCAAGGGACUGGGAUUGUUUGGCAUGCCUUGAGAGGCCACUAAAAUAUUCUGGUGAGAGUCUGCGAAGAGAAUCUUAAAUCCUCCCCCUGCCUCAGAAGAUUGGGUGUGUGGAGUUGUUGUUUUGUAGAAAACUGUGGCCUAAAGGGUGGUAUGAGAAGGAGGAGAUCAAACCUUUCUAUGGAUGCACCUCUGACUGCAGCUGAUAGAAUUUCACAGGGAAUAGGCCAAUUUGGCUGCAAGAACUAACACACUCAAAUCCAAGGAAGAGGUGGAGAAAAGCAAGCAACACUUCAGAUUUUUCUGCCUGUCACAUCUAGCUGCCAACAUAACAGUUUAAUUGAUCUAUAUUAGUCGGUUUAUAAAGACCAAUGGAGAGAUCGCUGAAACAGUAUGACAAAGAAUUCAUGAAGAUGGCUAUGUUGAAGCAUGAAGAAACAUUCGGACACCAGGUACAUGAACUCCAUCGUCUGUACCGAGUCCAGAAGCAGUUGAUGAGAGAUAUUAUGAAUGCUGAGCUGAAGAGGCAACGGGCAUCUGCGCAUUACCGACCCGGUCUUGAGAGAUGGAAUGUAGAGAAUGAGAGAGGUUCAAAACAACCAUGUUACAGUAGUUACUUGGAUCAGAGGAAGCCUCAUCAGACACUUGAUCUGGAACUCCCACCAGAAGAGUACAUUGGAAAGGAUGAUGGAGAUAUGAUGCUAGCGGUCGAAGAAGAAAGCGACUUAGAGCUGACAUUGGCAAUUGGAAGCAACAGAAGCCAAAGGAAGAAAGAAGAGGCAUCAUUUACUUCAGAUUCUGGAGUAAGCUUUUCUUCGUCUUCAAGCGACUCUGGUGCGGUGAAAUUAAACAGCCAAGAGUGGGGACUAUUUCAAGUGCCAGACAUAACCAUGAGGUUUCAAGAUGAGAGGAAGAGUGGUUUUAAUGUAGAAGAAAGAAUGAGACAAGAUGGCCUGAAGCAGCAUCCUUGGCUCUUCCAGUGUUUGAAUCUAAACAUGACAUGAUAGCCUCCUUAGAUUGCAAUGGUCCACAUCAUUGUAGUUGGUAAACAGAAAUAACAAGGAAUUAAUUAGUAUGUUCCUCCCUAACAAAUUUGCAGUUUCU